AUGGAACUCGAAGAUGUCAAAACAGGAAGUUGUCCGGCUUCGGUUCCAGCAUUACAAGGACAUGUCGCUGAUGUAGUCGAAAGCGGUGAAAAUGAUCCUUUUGCGGAUGUUGAGUUUUUUCGCUUCCUAAGUGGUGUUCAAAACGCAUUCGAAAAAUACCAAAUUAUCACAGUUGCAAAACACGCCGAGAAGCUUAAAAUUUUCGAAGAUAUCUCAAGGAAAGGGAGUUGUGGGCCAGCACGUCAUGGCAGUCUAUCUCAGUGUCUGAGUCACGCUGAAACCAUCAAACUGCUAGCAUUGACUGAGCCACUGGAAGACGAAGAAGAAGAAAACAUAGCCGAUUUAUGGAAGCUGAGAGAAGGAAAGAGAUUUGCGUUGUACAAAUGCUGGAUUGAGAAAUACAAGACAUCACUGACAGAGGAGAUGAAGGACCUCACAGAACAAUACAACUCAUUGCGUGAAGAAGAUCGUAGAGACAAAGGAGAGGUAAUUUUGAGGGAAUUAAAAAGUGCUAAGGUAAUCGGAACGACCGUAGCUACCGCCGCUGAAAACAUGGACCUCCUCAAGGAAGUUGGUUGCCGUGUAGUUAUUGUGGCAGAGGCUGCAAAAAUUCUUGAGUCCCACGUUGUAACUCUUCUGAGCGAAGCCUGCGAGCAUUUAAUUAUGAUUGGUGACCACCAACAACUCCGUGCCGAAACAGUUGUCCCCCAGAUAGCCAAAGAGUUUGGACUGGAAAUGUCAUUAUUUGAAAGACUCAUCAAGAAUAAUAUCCAGCACGUACAGCUCAGGGUCCAAUACAACAUGAGGCCAGACAUUGCUAAGCUAAUGAGGCUUAUCUACCCAGAUCUUAAGGACGAUGUUUCAGUUUGUAACUUGGAUCACGUCCGUGGGAUCUGCAAAGAUGUCUUCUUCAUUGACCACAGGCUGAAGUCAACA